AUAAGCGUAACAAAAAAAAUAAAAAGAGAGAGAGAAAGAAACCGUCGGAAUCGAACUUUGCUCCACGGCCUUGCAAUUUCCUUUUUUUUUUGACUUUUUCCUCAUUAUUCUUUGCUUUGACUUAUCAGUCUUCUUUUUAUGUGAUCGAUCACCUCCUCUUGAUCUCAAUCUCAAUCUCAAUCCACAGCUUCUCCAUCUUCUUCAUCCACCAACUCGCAGCAGCAAACAAUGUCUAGUUUCACAUAUGCUUCUGCUUUCAACUUAUCCGAAAAGUCUCCUCCUUUCAGUCCCGCCAUUGCUUCUUCUUCUUCUUCCUCUGCCUUCGAUGAUGAUACCGACGACGCUUGCAGCAUCUGUCUCGAGCCUUUCACUCUCCAGGAUCCUGCCACUGUUACAAGUUGCAAGCAUGAAUAUCACCUUCAGUGCAUCAUUGAAUGGUCUCAGAGAAGCAAGGAGUGUCCUAUUUGCUGGCAGUUCUUUGUCCUCAAAGAUCCUGUCAGCCAAGAGCUUUUGGCUGCUGUGGACAAGGAAAGGCUGAUGAAAACCACCAACAUGAGAUCUCCAUCCUCUCCAAGAAGUUCCAUUCCUCAUGAGGAUUUUCACUCAGAGGAGGAGGAGAGCAGCUUUGAUGAACAAUUCCUUAGGCAUCUCACUGAAGCUGCCCAUAGACGUUGUUUGCUUCGUACUAGGGACACUCCAAUACCCUCCAAUGAUCCCUCUCCUUCUGAUAUGCCCAAUCUUGGUCACAACAUCUCUGCUGUUAUUUCCCAUGUUCAACAUCAGAAUGCAAACCCCCCGUCUCCUGCUGAUACCAGCAAUGGAUCCAGAAUCUCCCGUGGACCUUCUCUAUCUGAAGCAUCGUCUCUUCCAGAAGCCAUUAAAUCCAAACUAGCUGCUGCUUCCGCAAGGUACAAAGAAUCUAUCUCUAAGAGUAAACAAGGUCUCAAAGAGAAGCUACUUGCUCGCAACAACUCAGUGAAAGAACUGAGCAAAGGAGUACAACGUGAGAUGAACGCUGGAAUAGCUGGGGUUACACGUAUGAUGGAACGCUUUGAUAUUGCUUCAAAACGCUUUGGAGGGUCUACUACUUCCGGAUUCAACUUCUCAUUCAAAGGGAAGCGUGAAGAAGCAGAAGCCACUUCCAACAAUGGGAACAAAAACCGAAUCCCAUAAGCUGGCAGGGACGAGGAUAAGUUAAUCAGAUAAACGUAUAAUGCAAGCGAUGUAUAUUCUCAUGGAAUCAAGGUCUUCGCAUCCUGCAUUGUUCUGAGCUCUCAUGGUCUCUUCUCUCCCUCUCUCUCUCUCGUCUCUGUUUUUGCACUAAAAUAAGUAAAAUCCCUUCUGAGUAAUCUUUUUAUUACUCGAUUUUCAACUCCUAGUUGGGAGUCAAAACUUUGUAUUAGUUAAUAAUUACAAAAAAAAAGGGGUUUUGUUAUAUGCUUUCACUCAGGA